CGACGCCUGAUCAACGUCACAGGCUAGAUUUACGCUGGAAACCGUUAUUUCUCCCCGAGAAUAAGCUAGACGGCGAGCAUUAUUCAGGAAUGUCUUUCGUUGUUUUAUUUGUCUCCAGAAAUUAUCCGGUACCCGUGUCCUCCAGACUUUGGCCUUGUUUUUCUCUCUCUCCCCCCCCGCUCGAGCUGCCGUUUUUCCCCCCUUAAAGUCCACCGUCAUCGGCCGCAAUGUGGUCCAAAAGUGACGGCGACGAUGGAUACGAGUCCACUAAAACAGGCUCCAGCAGCAGUGGCUCCUCAGGUUGGAUCCUUGGGCAUGAACCGGGCUGGCACAGAGACCCCCAGGCUCCUGGAAACAUUAUCCUGGGGGGCCGCAGACACAGCACUGUGUCAGACAGUGGGGACACAGGGAUCGGCACCUACUGCUCCGACAGCAUGGAGGAUGACUCCAGUUCCAGCACCACCCCUUUGUCUUUCCAGCCGCUGUCCCACACCCCUCUGGGUCCUGAUGAUGAUGGCGUCCCUAGUGUCCGUGUCCUGCCUUCCCCCUCUUCAGUGUCCCCCUGCAGCUCUGGUCGCUGGAGCAGGUCCAACCAGGUCCUUACACCAGCCACGUCUCCUCUGAGUACCCCAAGUUACCUGGACAUGAAAGAGCAGAGACCCAUCAGGAAGUGGUCGUCUCUCACUAAGCUGUCCUCUAGCACCGAUAAGAGCUCUGCCCGGCCUUCAGCGGACUCACACAAACCCGACCCAAGAGGCUCCCUGGACAGAGGCGUGCUGUCUGGCUACAGAAAGGAGCCUCGAGGUUCAACUGUGGACCUUUAUCUCCCAUUAUCAUCCUCCUCCCUCAGCCGGACCUUGCUGCUGCGCUCACCGGGCGCCGCUCCCGGAUACCGCUACCUCCAUGGCAGCAGGUCAACUGGUCUGGAAACAGAGCGGUCCAUUUCCUCCACUCUGACCUCGCCAGCCAAACACAGCAGCCUGGACAUGAGCUACAGUGCUUUAGCAGAGACUAAACUGUCCCGAGGAGGAGGAGGAGCAUACGCCCUCAGCUUACCCAUGCAGGGAGACUCCCUGCUGGGUCACCAGGCUGACAGGAGCUCCCCAAUUCAGCCGGCAGUCCGGACUCAAAUGUGGCUGACUGAGCAGAUGGAGUACAGACCCAAAGAGGGUGGAGCUGGGGCUGGAGACUGCCUGUCGCCAUGGCAACAGGAAGCAGGGCUUAAUCAGACGCUGAUGCAGAGCUCUCUUCCCGUCAACACUCUGGUGAAGUUAAAAGAAGGACUGCUGAGACAGAGAGAGCUGGAGAUAGACCGACAGAAGCAGCAGAUCCUGCAGCUCCACGCUCGGAUCAGAGAGAACGAGCUCAGAGCGCAGCAGGUCCUCCACAGCCAGAGGAGCUGGCUUGAACAUGCCCACAUCCUGAGCAUAAAGGAGCCGUCGCUGAGACCGACUUGUCAGCAGCCGUCUGAUAGGCUGUGCUGUGACGAGGAGCUGGGCAGGAAGCUGGCUGUGGCCGAACUUGAAGUUCUUCACCUGAACGAGUUCUUCAAACAAAUCACCCAAAAAUACACAGAGGACAUCAGAAAGCUGGAGGAGAAGGUAAAGACGAGGGAUCGUUACAUCAGCAGUCUGAAGAAGAAAUGCCAGAGAGAGAGCGAGCAGAACCAGGAGAAACAACAGCGAAUAGAAACGCUGGAGAAAUAUCUCUCUGACUUGCCAACGCUGGACGAGGUGACACAGCAGGCCAAACAGCAGGAGCAGGUGCAGCAGAAAGCCAAACAUCUGGAGAGGACGAUGAGUCGACUGGAGAGCAGCCUUCAGGAGAGCUGUGCUCUGUUGGAGGAGAAGAACAUGAAGAUCGAGUUGCAGGCGAGGAGAGAGACGGAGCUCAUCGCCUCUGUUCACGGUCUUCAGCAGAAGGUGCAGCAGUGUUUGGAUGAUGGCGUCCGUUUGCCCGUUCACGACCUGAGGUGGCUGGAGGUGGAGAACUGUGAACUUCUACAGCAGCAGGACCACAGCAGCAGGCUGAUCAAACAUCAGAAAGAACAGAUCGAGAAGCUGACGUCCAAGCUAACGGCCACCAGCAGCAGACUGCAGAACAAAAGAGGUGUGCCUCUUCUACAACAGACUCCUCCCCCUGAUCAGGACGGUGGCAUGGAACCCCCUAACAGAGCCCCCCCACAGCAGGUGGAGUUGGAGGAGGAGGCGUGUCCAUCAGAGCGUCCUGUAGCUUGCAUGGAGGCUCCUGAAGUGGGCCGUCUGCUGAAGGAGAUGUCUCUGUGUCUGCUGGACCUGCAAACGCUCUGCAGCAUCCUGAGCCAGAGAGCCCAGGGGAAAGAGCCAAACCUGAGUCUGCUGCUAGGCAUGAAAUCUCUAAGCGUGUCGGCGGAGGAGAGCGACAGCAGGCGGGCCGAGGAGGAGGAGCUCCGCUUCAAGCUGCUGGAGGUCAGCCAGCUGAGGAGAGACAUCGAUGAGCUGAGGAGGAGCAUCUCAGACCGGUACACCCAGUCUGUAGGUACAGCUGGGGCACUCAGUGAAGCAAAGUGAGGAACGGAAAGACAGCCAAGGGGCCCGGUGGUGCCCAGUGACACCCAUAGACUCCCAGUGACACCCAUGGACCCCUAGACACCUAUAGACCCCCAGUGACACCAUAGACUCCCAGUGACACCCAUGGACCCCCAGACACCCAUAGACCCCCAGCGACACCAUAGACUCCCAGUGACACCCAUGGACCCCCAGACACCCAUAGACCCCAAGCGACACCAUAGACUCUCAGUGACACCCAUGGACUCCCAGUGACACUGUAGACUACCAUCAAGAUAAUAAACCUUUAAAGGACCGGUUAGAUUGGAAUGGCUACUGGGGGUCUAGACUGGCCUGUGUGCAAAAGGCAGGAUGGAAUGUUUUAUGAGCUAAAUGGCAUCUUUAAAGGCAAGGAUUGCAUGAUUUUUAGACAUGAAAGGAUGACAUCAUCAAAGACAGAGGACAGAAUGUUGGUGAAGCUGGAGAUGUUGGGGGCUUUUCCCCUCAUUUUUGCCAAAUAAACCCUCAGUCCUUUCAAGUUUCACCAACCGUUCCAAAAGUUGCCAACAAUUGAACGUCAACAGAAGGGAAAGCUUGUUGGUAUAUAUGCCCGCUGAGAGGCUAGCUGUGCCUUUUUAACAGCUUUUCCCCCUCAUGUUGCCAAAUGCAUACUGACAAAGGACACUCUAAUAAACUAGAUAGUAAAUACUGGUACUGGUCAGAUUGGAAUGACAAUUCAGAACAAGUUAGAGGGAGUCGCGAUGUGCCACUGACGGAGGAGCCGGUUGCUUUUGUUCAAAUGCUUUUGUUUGAAAGACGGUUUCCUUUUCUCCAUUUUGGCGGUUAAACAAAAGCCAAAAUGGAACCAGAUGAGGAGCAGAAGCACCGGCUGUACGAGGAGCCACUGUUCCCAUCACUCAGAGCAAGGCUGGAUGGACAUAAACAACACCAUAUUUUUUGUUUACCAGGGGAACACCGAAGAUCGCGUCGGAUGGGUCCUUCAUUGAGAGACUUAUUGUGAUGGGCUCAGUUUAAAGAUGCCCCAUUGUUCUGAUCUUAUCUGAACAUCCUCAUGUAGAGCUGCAGAAACAAAUCAACUUUUAAAGUCUCAUUAAUUAAUAUUUAUUGUGCUCAUUUAACCACUUUGUAAAAAUGGACUUGUUUUUAAUCUUUAUUGACUGGAGGAUUUUUCUGCAGCCAAAGAAGGGAAGUUAAAAAUCAGCAUGUGCACUUUUUAGUAAAGUUCUGUCUUCUGUUCAGUGUAGACAUUAAAUUAUUCCGUAACUUUAAGUUUGUUUUUCAGAAGCCCAAUGAAGACAGGCAUUCAUACAGUUUAAUUUUUACUCCCUCUGACAAUAUAAUAACACAGUUUUUUCCUCGGACAGACGGCUCAGGUUGAACCAAAACUCUUGUAGGCAUUUACCUGUGAUGUAGUUUAAGGACCUUCAGAGUCUGAAGGGGCUCCGUGUCUAAUGUUGAUGUUCUCAGGAGAACGAGGAUGGGAAGGGUCAGCUGCUUGAUAUUCUAUGGGCACCAGGCACACUUUCCCAGGCCUGAUCCAUAGGCAUGGGCCUAAGCAGGCCUAGAGGAUGGCCACCAGGGGGCAAUCUGUUUUCAAUUUUAGUCUUAGUUUUAGUCUUUAAAUGAAAUGCAUUUUAGUUUUUGGCACAUUUAAGUCGUUUCUGUCCUUUUUAGUUUUAGUC